AUGAAUGGAGGCUCUUCAGGGCCGUCUCAGUCUCCGAAGAGCAUGAAACAGCAGCGGUUCUGUCUUUCUCCGCGGCAGACACGCGGUCCUGGCGGCGAGGGCGCCGCGCGGGAGAUCAGUUUUGGCCGCGGCCCCGGCGACUCGGAAGGGUCGUCGGACGAGGAUAUAUUCAAUGUGCGGAAAAAAGCCAGGACAGAGCGCAAGGCGACGCCCAAAGCCGUUAAAGAAACCAGCUCGAUCACGUCUCUUCUGUCUACGGCCGUGCAGGCGCGGUCAAAGGACAAGCUGAGCAAGGAUCUGGGAUUUGACCUGGAUGCUGCCCUAAAAGUGACGUCGAUCAGCAAAAAGCACGAGAAGGUGAUGCAGCUAAGGCGGGAGGAGGACGAAAUAGACCGCAUGGUGGCGGAGAACGAGGCAGAGCUGCGCCACGAGCAGCAGGCCGCCGAGCAACUGGAUAGACAGAUCAGUGCGCGGGUGGACCCGUCGCACAAGGGUUAUAUAGAGCAGCUCCGAGAACGCAUGCUGAACGGCGACACCGCCGUCACAGACGUGUGUUUUCUGGACACCCCAGGUUUAUAUGGCCAGAGGCCCACGACGAGGCUCGAGCUGCUGCCGGAGACCCUGCUAGGAGACGGACGCUGGUACCUGGGCCGCAAAACGCUGGACUCGGACGUGAUUAGCGACGUCAUGCAGCUGCCGGCGACGAGCGUGUGGCGAAUGCUGCAGACGGAUCUCAGCAACGAGAUGGUGGCCGACGAGGGCCUUAUUCGCGACUUUAUGCUGGCCGACGGGAUGGCGGGCCACAGAGCACGGUUCGAGAUCGAGUCGAAAAAACGGUCCCCCCACGUAACGGCACAGGUGCUGAAGUUGCAGCUUCUGCUGUCGCUGGUGCGCUCGUCCAAGACGAAGACGGCAGGUCUGCCCGAGCUGCGCGUGUUUGUCACCAUCGUCGUCCGGCUGCUCGUCGACGCGCGCGUCAACGACCCCAACGUCGACGACUACAUCUGUAUGGGCCAGGGAAGCGUGCACGCCAUUCAGCUGCUCAACGAGAUACUUGUGAGUCUCGGGCGAUGGUAUUUCGAGCUCUUCGAGCGGCCGUUUCCCGAGCUUGCCCGCGACUGGCUCCAGCUGGUGUGCGAAAUCGUCGACGAUGAGCUUGGCGAGCACCUAACGCUCGUCCACCGCCUAGUUUGCAACCUGCAGCAGCUGACGGUGCCGAUUCUGCGCUACCUCAAACUCUGGCUGAUAUUCAAGUUUCUGAUCGAGAAAAACGCAAACGACGAGUCCGGCCUCGACUCUGCCGGGCUGCAGGGCCUGGCGCGGCAGCUGCUGACGUAUGCGUUUGAGAAAGAGGACCUGGUGGCUGCGCUGUACCAUUUCAGCCGCGUUUUCAGCCGGUGCUCGCUAAAACUGGCCGCCGAAACCCGCACUCGCCCGACGCUGCACGCCGCGCUUGCCCGGCUCAAGCUGUACCAGAUGGCAGUGUUCAUGACGCUGGGGUGGCUCAAAGCCUCGCUGCUCAACAAAAGACUCGGCUUCUCGCUCAACGAGUCCACGUACUACUCGGCCGACUACCACGAGCGGCUGCAACUGGACCUCUCCGGGGUGCCCGAAAACGAGUAUCUAUUACACCACAUCAAGUUCUAUAUCAACAUGGUCAAGAACAGGUACCUCCGCAACUAUAGCGGCGCAAUUCUGCCGACGGUGACCGAGUGCGUGGCCGUUCUGACCAACGUGCUGGCGCGCAUCGAGCGCGAGCUCACAAUGCCCGAGAUCUUCACGGACUGA